AUGGCGACGACAACAUCCCUCCUCGCAGCCCUCAACUGCAAGGGCAACACCCAUCUCAUUAUCGGCACAAACCCCCUCGCCGCCGCCCGCUGUACCCAAACCAUCAACGCCGGCGCAACCCCCAUCCUCAUCGCCCCGGACACCUCCGACCUGCACUACGGCCUCCAGAAGCGCAUCGACGCCGGCGAGGUGACCUGGCACAGGAAACCCUUUGCCGACACCGACCUCUUCACCCUCGGCCGCGACGAAGUCGACAACGUCGUUGACGCCGUCUUUGUCACCUCCUCCUCCUCCCCGCAAGCAGCACACAUCUCGGCGCUGUGCAGGCGGCACCGCGUCCCCGUCAACGUCGUCGACGCGCCGCACCUCUGCUCUUUUUCCCUGCUGUCAACGCACACGGAUGGACCUUUACAGAUUGGCGUCACGACUAACGGCCGCGGCUGCAAGCUCGCCUCCCGCAUCCGGCGUGAGGUCGCCGCCGCGCUGCCCCGGGACCUCGGUGCCGCGUGCGCGAGGUUAGGGGAUGUUCGGCGGCGGAUCCAGACGGAGGAUCGCCUCGCAGCGGAUGAGGUCGAUGAUUCGUUUGACCAGACGGCGUCAUUCAAUAAGCUCGUAACAGAGGCCGAUCUCGAUGCUGCGAAGAAUCGACGUAUGCGCUGGCUGAGCCAGGUGUGCGAGUAUUGGCCCCUGAAGCGUCUUGCCGCCAUCAACGACGAGGACGUUGAGUCCGUACUAAAAUCGUAUUCCGGGUUCGGCAACACGCCAUCAGAGGACGUGAGACCACCGACCGUUGGAGCCACUGGUAGUAAUGCGCACCCGCAGCAGCAAGGGAGAAUCAUCCUCGCCGGUAGCGGACCAGGCCACCCGGACCUCCUCACCCGCGCAACGCAUAAGGCAAUCCAGACGGCGGACCUCAUCCUCGCAGACAAGCUCGUGCCAGCAGGCGUGCUGGACCUGAUCCCGCGCCGCACGCCCGUCAAGAUCGCGCGCAAGUUCCCCGGCAACGCGGACCAGGCGCAGGAGGAGCUGCACGAGCUCGCGCUCGCGGGGGCCAAGGAAGGCAAGACGGUACUGCGGUUGAAGCAGGGGGAUCCCUUCAUCUACGGGCGCGGCGGGGAGGAGGUUGCGUAUUUCAGGGAGCACGGGUUCGGGGAGAGGGUUACCGUGUUGCCGGGUAUUACCUCGUCGCUGAGCGCGCCUUUAUUUGCGGGGAUUCCGCCUACGCAGCGGGAUGUUGCCGAUCAGGUGCUCGUGUGUACGGGGACGGGGAAGAAGGGGAAGGCGCCGACGCCGCCAGAAUACAUCCCGAGCCGGACGGUGGUGUUUUUGAUGGCUUUGCAUCGGAUUACCGGGUUGGUUGGGGAGUUGACGAGGUACCUCGAAACGGAGCAAGGCGAAGGAGGGGAAGAAGAGAAGACACUACCAAAGAGGGUAUUAUGGCCGAGGGAUACUCCGUGCGCUGUUAUUGAACGGGCGAGUUGUCCUGAUCAGAGGGUGAUUAGGACGACGUUGUGGUAUGUGGCGGAGGCUAUCGAAGCGGAGGGAAGCAGGCCGCCUGGGCUUCUUGUUGUGGGCAGAGCGUGUGAGGCGUUGUAUGAGAGGGAGAAGGGGAGAGCGUGGGCUGUUGAGGAUGGGUUCAAGGGGUUCGAUUUUGAGGAGCUUCCUGGUUUGUCUUGA